GAAACAGCUCUGAAGAACCCUAAAAACCUCUCUGUCACACACAAGUGCAAUCAAGAAACAAUGCAUAGAGUUUGAAGGGGGGUUUUGGUGAAUUGAAUUGAAAGAGAUGAAAGGAGGAAAAGAAGAAGUGAAUAAUACUAAGAAUAGCAAAAAACGUAAAAGAGGAAGCAAGACCACCAACAAGGAGGAGGAGAAGAAGAAGAAGCUUUCUACUACUAAUGUUCCUCAAACUAAAUGCACCAGUUCUAGUGUUGGAAAAUCCUCCAAGCCUGUCUCUUUUCUCGAUAAGAUGAAAGCAAGGUUAUCAGGAGGACAUUUUAGAAUGAUAAAUGAGAAGCUCUAUACUUGCUCGGGAGAGGAGGCACUUAAUUACUUUGAAGAUGACCCUUCUUUGUUUAACAUGUAUCAUGUAGGAUAUCAAGAACAAAUGACCCAUUGGCCGGAGCAACCUGUUAACAUCAUUAUUCAAUGGCUAAAAGAUCACAGCCCCUCUUUAGUUGUUGCCGAUUUUGGCUGUGGGGAUGCUCGCCUUUCUAGAAGUGUGAAGAAUAAAGUUUUCUCUUUUGAUCUUGUUGCCCACAAUUCUUCUGUAGUGGCCUGUGAUAUGGCAAAUACUACUCUAGAGACUUCAUCAAUUGAUGUUGCUGUUUUCUGCCUUUCACUGAUGGGGACAAACUUCCCUAGUUACCUUUGCGAAGCACAAAGAGUUCUUAAACCAGGUGGCUGGCUUUUGAUAGCAGAAGUGAAGAGCAGAUUUGAUCCUACCAAUGGGGGAGCAGAUCCAAAUAAUUUUUCAAAAGCAAUAUGUGAACUAGGAUUCUACUCUGUAUCAAAGGACUUCUCAAAUAAAAUGUUUAUACUUUUCUACUACAAGAAAAAGGAGAAGUUAAAAUCAAAGAAAGAAAUUAAGUGGCCUUCGCUGAAACCUUGUUUGUACAAGCGGCGAUGAGGGCAGGAAACGGUUUGGAGUAGACGUCCUGCUCAAUAAGUUGUUUGAACUUGGAUAGGCAUGCUAUAGACUGUAACUCAAUGUGGUUCGUCAUGAGUCAUUGGUAUGUGCUUGCUCCAAGAGCUUAUACUUGUACGAAGUUGUGAUUUUGUAUUUGUACCGAGUUCUCUGUCUAGGAAUUUGAUUUAAGCUUUCUGUUAAGCUGAUGAAGUCGAAAAUCAUCAUCUUUUUUUUUUUUUUGUAUAAUACAGUAGCUCCUUUUUUUUCUUUUUCUUUUCUGCCAAAUA